AUGGUUCUUGCUGGUAACGCUACACUCGAAGAACAAGACCCAGAGAUCUUUAACCUCAUUGAAGCUGAGAAAAAUCGUCAAUGGAAAUGCCUUGAGCUUAUUGCCUCGGAAAACUUUACAUCCCGUGCUGUUAUGGACUGCUUGGGUUCAUGUCUUACAAACAAGUACGCCGAGGGUCAGCCGAAUGCGCGGUAUUACGGUGGUAAUGAAGUGAUUGACAAGAUUGAGAUUCUAUGCCAGCAGCGUGCACUGACGGCCUACGGACUAGAAGCUGACAAGUGGGGUGUCAACGUGCAGCCAUACUCGGGCUCUCCUGCUAACUUUGCUGUAUACACGGCACUGUUGCGUCCACACGACCGCAUUAUGGGUCUCGACUUGCCCAGUGGAGGUCAUCUGACCCAUGGCUUUUAUACAUACUCAAAGGCUGAAAAGACUCGUAAGGCUGUGUCGGCUACGUCAGUGUACUUUGAAUCGUUACCGUACCGUGUGAAUGCUGAGACGGGUCUGAUUGAUUUUGAGAAGCUUGCCGAACAGGCUGCUCUGUUCAAGCCUGCUAUGAUUAUAUGCGGUGGCAGCGCCUACCCACGUGACUGGGACUACGCCGCGUUCCGCAAGAUUGCUGACGAUAAUGGUGCUUUGCUUAUGUGUGACAUGGCCCACUACAGCGGUCUUGUAGCUACUCAAGAGCACAAUAGCCCCUUUAAGUACUGCGACAUUGUGACUACGACGACGCACAAGUCACUGCGUGGACCGCGUGCUGGCAUGAUCUUUUUCCGCCGUGACGAACGUGGCUUUGAGUCUCGCAUCAACAAUGCUGUGUUCCCGGCUCUACAGGGCGGACCGCACGAGCAUCAGAUUGCCGGUAUUGCUGCCCAGCUGAAGGAAGUUCAGAGCCCAGAGUUUAAGGCAUACGUGCAACAGCUUAAGGCCAAUGCCAAGAUUCUGGCCAAGACCUUGACUGACCUAGGCUAUUCAAUGUGCACGGGUGGUACUGAAAACCACUUGGUCUUGUGGGACCUGCGUCCUCAGGGCGUCACGGGAUCUAAGAUCGAGAAGCUGUGCGACAUGGUUUGUAUCACGCUCAACAAGAACGCUGUGCUGGGUGACCGCAGCGCCCUUACUCCGGGCGGCGUGCGUGUUGGCACGCCGGCACUUACUAGCCGUGGGUUUAAGGAGGCUGACUUUGUCAAGGUCGCCGAGUUCUUGGACCGUGCUGUAAAGCUAUGCAUUGAGAUUCAGAGUACAAGUGGCAAGAAGCUGGUGGACUUUGUCAAGGCUGCUGAAGUUCACGAAGGCGUAAAGCAACUGCGUCGUGAUGUGAAUGCUUUGGCGACGUCGUUUGAGAUGCCUGGUUUCAAGGUAUCGGAGAUGCGCAACAAGACCAUUGAAGAGUAA